CCUACCCAUAUUAACAAAAAAAAAAAAGCAUUUGACCCGGAGAACCUCCAACUAGAUUCAUUCUCUCAAUUUCUGACACCUCAAGUGUAGCAAAGAGGCAAGAGCCCGCCAAAGAAAAGAACCCAAAGGCUGUGUCUUUUAUCGUUUCCUGAAAAAAAAAACAAAAACACUCAAAACCUAAUCGAACAAGAUGAGUACCAUGAAAUUUUGCCGCGAAUGCAACAACAUUCUCUACCCAAAAGAAGACAGGGAACAGAAGAUUCUCCUCUACGCAUGCCGCAACUGCGAUCACCAGGAGGUGGCUGAAGACAACUGUGUGUAUAGAAAUGAGGUUCAUCACUCUGCUGGAGAGCGCACUCAAAUAUUGCAGGAUGUGGCUGCUGAUCCAACUCUUCCUCGGACUAAAUCUGUCAUUUGCGCAAAUUGUAAACAUGGAGAAGCUGUCUUCUUCCAGGCAACUGCUAGAGGGGAGGAAGGUAUGACCCUGUUUUUUGUCUGCUGUAAUCCAAACUGUGGACAUAGGUGGAGAGAUUGAGAUCUAGUCUACCUCAUAACUUGAUGCCACUGCUGAACAAUGUAAUGUUUGUUUUCUCAAAGCUAUGUUUUACCAACGACUUUUAUGUUAAUGUAAUAUUAAUGAGCUUGCGGUGCUUCUCUGUUUAAGUUUUUAUUUAGUAUUUUAAUUACAAGUAGAUCUUACAAUUUUGUGUAAAACAUGAAAAUUAUAAAAUCACAAUUUAUAUUGA